AAUUCCCACAAGUCCCUGAGUUAAUUUUUCUUGGCUUACUUUCUCUUGUUCAAAUCUAAUUGAUUCUUAUUCUCAUCAUUUGAUUGACCGCAGAGGGAAGAUGUCUAUCUUUCAUUGGUUCUGGGGUCAAUUUGCAUGAUUGGUUAGUUAAAAGGUUAGACUUCUCCGUGGUAACAUAAGUGUUACAAUUAAUAUUAUUAUCAGAUAAGGUUUAAGUUGAUUGUGAUUGUGAAUGAAGUCAUGCAGAAUUUUGUGACAUAGUGUGGUCAGCGUUGUUUAUAGGUGCUUGAUUAUAGUCCUCACAAGUCCCUUGACUUUGUUUUCGUGCCAUACUUUCUUGCUAACUUAAGAAAAGUUUGUUACUUAAAUUAAUCUCAAGAAGAUAGUUCUUGGAGACACAUAAGGAAAAAGAGAAUCAUGUUCUUUGCUUGUAUGCUCUUGAUUACCAUCCUUUUAAGUUUUAGCUAUGCAGAGAUAAUAAAAGAGAGUCCUUUGUCAAUAGGACAAACUCUCAGCUCCUCUAAUGGUAUUUAUGAAUUGGGGUUCUUCAGUCCUAAUAAUUCCCAGAAUCAGUAUGUCGGAAUCUGGUUCAAGGGUAUCAUUCCCCAGGUGGUUGUGUGGGUGGCUAAUAGAGAAAAGCCUGUUACAGACUCCGCGGCAAAUCUCGGUAUCAGCAGCAAUGGAAGUCUUCUGUUAUCUAAUGGCAAACAUGGCGUUGUGUGGUCUACCGGAGAUGUUUUCGCAUCUAAUGGGUCUCGUGCAGAGCUUACAGACAAUGGAAAUCUUGUUCUCAUAGACAAAGUUUCGGGAAGGACUCGAUGGCAAAGCUUUGAGAAUCUUGGUAAUACUCUGCUCCCUACGUCAACUAUGAUGUAUAAUCUCAUCACUGGUGAGAAGCGAGGAUUGACUUCUUGGAAAAGUUACACCGAUCCAUCGCCUGGCGAAUUUGUGGGUCAGAUUACACCGCAAGUGCCAUCACAGGGGAUUAUUAUGAGAGGCUCGGUUCUUUAUUUUAGAACCGGUCCAUGGGCUAAAACAAGGUUCACCGGGUCACCGCAAAUGGAUGAAUCAUACACAAGUCCAUACAGCUUACAACAGGAUAUAAAUGGGUCAGGAUACUUUUCAUAUGUUGAAAGAGACUACAAACUUGCACGCAUGAUUUUAACAUCAGAGGGAUCAAUGAAGGUGUUACGGUAUAAUGGAAUGGACUGGGAAUCAACCUACGAGGGUCCAGCCAAUUCAUGUGAGAUUUACGGUGUAUGUGGACUUUAUGGUUUUUGUGCUAUCUCAGUUCCUCCGAAGUGUAAAUGCUUCAAAGGUUUUGUUCCUAAAUCCACUGAGGAGUGGAAAAAAGGAAACUGGACUGGUGGUUGUGUGAGGCGUACCGAACUACAUUGUCAAGGAAACUCUAGUAGCAAAGAUGCAAACGUCUUCCAUACUGUUCCCAACAUAAAGCCUCCAGACUUUUACGAAUACGCAAAUUCUCUAGAUGCGGAAGAAUGCUAUGAAAUUUGCCUCCACAAUUGUUCUUGUAUGGCCUUCGCUUAUAUUCCUGGAAUAGGGUGCUUAAUGUGGAACCAAGAGCUAAUGGAUGCAGUGCAAUUUUCUACAGGAGGAGAAAUUCUUUCCAUUCGUCUUGCACGCUCUGAACUAGCUGGAAAUGAGCGCAACAAAAUCGUUGUUGCUAGUAUUGUGAGCCUUUCUCUUUGUGUGAUAUUGGCUUCUUCUGCUGCGUUUGGUUUCUGGAGAUACAGAGUGAAAAAUAAUGCUCAUAUAUCAAAGGAUGCCUGGAGGAAUGAUCUGAAAUCACAAGAUGUCCCAGGUUUAGUGUUUUUUGAGAUGAACACCAUACACACUGCCACCAAUAGUUUCAGUAUAUCAAACAAACUCGGACAUGGUGGAUUUGGUUCCGUUUACAAGGGAAAACUGCAAGAUGGAAAAGAAAUUGCGGUAAAACGGCUUUCUCGCAGCUCUGGACAGGGCAAAGAGGAGUUCAUGAAUGAAAUAGUACUCAUCUCAAAACUUCAACACAGAAAUUUAGUCCGGGUUUUGGGAUGCUGCGUCGAAGGAGAAGAGAAGCUAUUGAUUUAUGAGUUUAUGGUGAACAAAAGCCUUGAUACUUUUGUCUUUGAUUCAAGAAAAAGACUGGAGAUUGAUUGGCCAAAAAGAAUUGAGAUCAUUCAAGGUAUUGCACGUGGACUUCUCUAUCUCCACCGUGACUCACGCCUCAGAGUUAUUCACCGAGACCUGAAGGUCAGCAACAUUCUUCUGGACGAGAAUAUGAUCCCAAAAAUAUCAGAUUUCGGAUUGGCUCGGAUCUACCAGGGAACCCAAUAUCAGGACAAAACUCGAAGGGUUGUAGGAACUCUAGGAUAUAUGUCUCCUGAGUAUGCAUGGACUGGAUUAUUCUCUGAGAAAUCAGACAUCUAUAGCUUCGGAGUUCUACUGCUAGAAAUCAUCAGCGGAGAGAAGAUCUCGAGGUUCAGCUACGGCGAAGAUGGAAAAACACUUCUUGCAUAUGCAUGGGAAUCUUGGUGUGAAACCAAAGGAAUUGAUCUUUUGGACCAAGAUCUUGCUGAUUCUUGUCACACAUCUGAAGUUGGAAGGUGCGUCCAGAUUGGUCUGCUCUGUGUACAACACCAACCCGCAGGCAGACCAAACACACUUGAGUUGUUGUCUAUGCUCACCACAACAUCAGAUCUUCCAUUACCAAAACAACCCACAUUUGCAGUGCAUUCUACAGAUGAUAAAUCUCUGUCUAAGGAUUUGAUUUCCGUCAAUGAAAUUACACAAUCUAUGAUCCUUGGGCGUUAAGAAACCACGUGUAUUGGAAAUUGUACUUGAUGUUAAGAAGUCAACUUAUCAAUGUUGGGAUCUUCAAAAUUGAUUUCGUUCUUUAACCUUUUUUUAAAGAAACCAUUUUAUUGCUC